AUGCUGGGGCUCAGCCCCGCCUCCUGCCGCCCCCGCCCAGCCAGCUCUGGCAGCUACCGGCGGUCCACGCCUGUGCGGGCUAUGCUGGAGCAGUGGGUGACCCAGGAAGACGGGCGUGUGCGCUCCAAUGCCACUGCGGCUGCUGCAGCAGCACCCGAGCAGGCGGUGAAGCCGGGGGACGAUGACCGCACACGCUUCCAGCUGCACUUCAGCGUAGACAUGUGGAGGUCGUUCUAUCCGAGUCGCUGGUUAGAGGCCAGCAUCGAUAACGAGGCGGCACCACUGCAAGAUCGCAUUCAAGCGUUCACCGACACGCUCUCAAACGCGGUCAGCACGGCGGGCAUCCUGGGGUCCACCGACGCUGCCAGGUUCUGGGCCUAUCAUCUCACGCGUAGCGGUUUCUUCAUGAUCCAGGGGGUGGCAAGCCUGCUGGCAACCCGCCAAGCCAUUGGGCAGAAUUCUCAGUCCCAAGCUCUUACUCGCUUUGAGACGAUGUUCAGGCGUGGCUGGGCUGGGCCGCUCACAGAGGCGCUGCUCACAUUUUACCAAGAUUUCGAGAACAUCAAGGCAGGGGCAGAUGCUGGCCAGCCGGAGCAGAUUUGGCUGCGGUCCUCCCUCCUGCCCGAUUACUUCCAGAACACCUUCCACUAUCAGACCGACGGCUGGCUCAGUGCUGAGAGCGCCAAGGUGUAUGAGACGUCCACUGAGACGCUGUUUGUGGGCCGCCAGGAUGCGAUGCAGCGCAGCACGCUGGUGCCGCUGCGAGAGUUUAUGGAGGGCAAGGACGCCUCGCAGCUCAAAGCGCUUGAAAUCGGCGCGGGAACGGGCCGCUUUGCCACGUUUGUCAAGGACAACUAUCCAGCCCUGCAGCUCACCGUGUCGGACCUGUCGCCCUUCUACCUCUCGGAGGCCAGGAGCAACAUGCAGUACUGGAAGAAAAUGCGGGCCUCGGAUGCGCAGCUGGGUGGCCUCGAUGGCACGGGCGUGACAUUCCUGCAGACGGCCGCAGAGAAGCUGGAUGUGCCUGACAGCAGCCAGGACAUUGUGUAUGCCGUCUACCUCUUCCACGAGCUGCCCGCAGACGUCCGCAGGCAGGCGAUCAAGGAGAUGGCGCGCGUGACCAAGCCCGGCGGCAUCGUCAUCCUGACCGACAGCGCGCAACUGGGCGAUCGCUUGGUUUACGACGACACGCUAGGCAGAUUCUCAGACUUCAACGAGCCAUUUUACUGCGACUACAUCGCCACGCCGCUGGGGCCGCUCUUUGAGGAGGCGGGGCUGCAAUGUGGCAUCAAGCUUGUGGCCAGCACAACGAAGACACUGUCCUUUCGGAAGCCGGUGGAGGGAGACAUGUUUGCGCUGGGAGGCAAUGCGGCAGCCGCUGCCACAGCAGCUGCAGCAGAGGUGGCGGCUGAGGCCCAAGAGGACGAGUGA